GGACAUUCUCUUUCGAAUUUAUCACCCUCGACCCAACUGCCUUCGCUCGUUUUGCCCAGGUCUUCAUUUAUCUGUCUAUUCGCUCACUAAAUCUAUUAUACGCCCGCAUUUCGUUUAUUGUUUAUAUUCCACUUGUACAAGCAUAACAAAAUGCUCAGCCGGCGGGAGAGAUUGUUGCUUAGCCUCAUCGGGGGACAGUGGAUCAGCAAUGUUUACGCUGCCAUCACAUGGCCGUCGCCAGUCUACGAUGAGCUCGAAGAUCUGAUGCUUUUGACCUCUGGCUACGGCAACAGAAACUUCAUGGCCCCCUUGGUCCCUUGCACAUUUGCCCCAAAUCCAGGUCACUCAGUCGCCGGAGGUUUCUUACGAGUCGCCUUCCACGACAUGGCCGGAGCCAACGUGGCUGAAGGGACCGACGGCUUGGACGCAUCUAUCGGUUUCGAACUUGACAGUAGCAUCUUUCUUGAGAAUACUGGUCCUGCCUUCAACAACACCCUCUCCUUCGUCUCGAGAUUCUACAGCAGUCGAGCCUCCAUGUCAGAUCUGCUAGCCUUGGCAGCCUACGCCUCAGUUCGAGCCUGCGGUGGUCCCGCAAUUCCACUCAAAGCCGGUCGUAUCGACGCUACCCAGGCAGGAACUCCCGGUGUUCCUGACCCCAAGGACGAUAUUGACAAACUAAACACCGAGUUUGCUCGUAUGGGUCUGACUCCGGAAGAAGGUAUCCAGCUUGUUGCCUGCGGUCAUACUCUUGGAGGAGUGCAUUCUGCAGAACACCCUACCAUUGUCCCUGCGGGUACGACCUCUCUUGGAGUCCAAGACUUCGAUGCCACGAACAGCACCUUUGACAACUCGACCCUCACCAUGUAUCUCGACAGUACCACCUUGAACCCACUUGUGGUAGGUCCAGACGUCGAUUCUCGAUCGGAUCUCCGGCUCUUCAACAGCGACGGCAACAAAACCGUCUCGAGCAUGGUAGAUUCAUAUGACAGCACUUGCUCAGUCAUCCUUGCAAAGAUGCUUGACACCGUUCCGGCUUCGGUGACUUUGACCGAAGUGAUCACAGCUUAUCCCGUCAAGCCAGCAAACCUUGCGCUCACCAUCAGCAGCGCCGAUCAGCUUGUCUUCUCGGGAGCUAUUCGCUUUUGGACGAACAAAGUCUCCAAGUCAUCGGUCUCCAGUUUGCAGCUUGUCUACAAGGACCGAACUGGAGCUCCGGCUGGUGCUAUCGACGCCUCUGUGGCCCUGGGUGAUGGCACUGGAUUUGAUGAUUCUUUCACGUUUUACGGAUUCAACGCUUCAAUCCCUACCAAGACAUCCAUUUCGUCUUUCGUAGUGGAAGUCAGCCUCACUUCGGGAAGUACUGUGACAUACGACAACAACGGCAAGGGUUUUCCGGUUCAGGACACAAUUCUCUCCCAGAACGCUUACUCAAGUCUUGCUGCUGCGGAUGCCUCAGGCAGUCAGCAAGCGACCAUCAUCGCAGCUGUGCGGCCCGGAACGGAGGGAGAAGUUAAUCUCACAGUGAACCUAAUCAAUGCAAUGGGAGUAAACAAUCUGCCGACGAUCUCGAAAAUUCCAACCGCCAUGACCAAAGUAUGCGAGUCGCUGUACUACGAUUUCUACUCCGCGUCCUUUGGCGUACCAGCCGCUGCGGUCAACGGCACAAAGUACGAUUUGAGCGCCGGAGGGGAGUAUGACAGCUUCAAGGGCUUGAUCGGGUUGCAAGCACAAGCAGCAAGGCUUCCAUGCGGUGGUGGCUCGAGCUCUACCACGUCUAGCGCUACGGCUUCAUCUAACUCCCGGACCAAGCUUGCGACCUCGACAAUUACUGCCUCUUAUAUCUCAACCACCAACACCAUUCCCAUCAAGCACGUUAAGUCGACUUCCAGCCCAUUCUGGAGCAAUUUCACAACUACCAAGACCACCCGUGUCGACCAGGUAAAGUCAACUUCUAGCCCAAUCUGGAGCGAAUGGACGAUCUCUGCUUCCAGCAGCGAGCCGGUAUGCCCGGAAACAACGACUUCCACGAACGACUCUGUUUCGUGGGUUAGCGGCGAUCAUGGAAGCAUUCCUACCAGUGGCGUUCAUGGAAGCAUUUCCACCAGCGGCAGCGUCCCCGUGGCGGCUGUCAGCUCAAUCCCAGCUGGAGGCUCGAGCUCGUCAAGUUCGCCAGUUUCACCCGCCGUCGCCACUUUUACCGGCACUGGAAAUGCACUGACUGGCAGUGGCAUUGUCGGCAUCUUUGCGGCAGCUCUGGGUGUGUUGUUGCUGUUGUAACCAACAAAAUCUACAUGACGGAACGAGCAGAUGGGUCCAACUGCGCUUGUGAGAUAAUGAGGUUGCGGAGCAAGCUGCUGUGAUUUUCUUCGAUAUCCUUUUGGCAUUGACAAACUGUGGCAUACUCUUCACCUUUGCAAGGAGAUUUGUACGGAGUACCAUGUGCUCUUCUGAUCUCAUCCCAACUAAGAUCUUGUACAGAGUUUCGAAUUUUCCAGGAGUUGAAUGGUCUCCCGAGGCCAUGUUGCUACCAUGCAAUUUACCUGAGACAUGACCGGAACCAUCUCAAGAGACGUUGAUGAAAAAUACUGGGAGAGGGAAGCACGGCCGAUGUAAGGCAAAAAGUCUGCCUCAACAAGCAUCCACAUAAUACCUUUACUGGGGGAAAGACGCAUAACUGUCUGUGCC